AGUACAAGAAGACAGUGUACAAUUAGUGCCAUGUGGCAUUCAAUUAAUUUACACAGUAAUCCAAAGGCCUGUGCAGUUUUCUCAUUGAGUUGGUGGGAUAUUAUUCUCACAAUUAGAGUGGAAAUAAGAAUAUGUCUUAUAUGUGAUUAUGUGAUUAAGGUAAUAUGCUAGAAAGCUGCAAUAGAUCCUAGAUGAAACUCUUAAGCAUCACAGGUCUGGAAGAGAGGGAUAUCUCACAGAGUUCCCAAUCCUCCACAAUCCAAAUGCUCUGGGAGAGCUGUAAUUCCACCAACAGCCGCUGAAGUCACUCAGGUUCAGAGUGAUUCCUCAUUUGUUUUGCUAGAAAUGUUUCACAUACCAUAAACAAAGGGGUCUCAGGUUCUCUGCAGUCCUCCCGAAGAGUUAGGAAAUAUCUUGUUUCAUUGAGUAAAUUAUCACACUGCUUUAAAUAAAAACAAAAAAAAGGCAAACAGGGAAAGAAGUCGAAGAAAUCCUCUCUCUGAAAUUAAGAGAAAUCUUUCUAUGUGUCUCAAAACAGCCUCUUAAUAGUGUUUUGGAAAAAAAGAGCUGUGGCUGAAGUGUCAUCUAAUCUGGAAAGACUGUGCAGCACUGAAAACUCUGGUUCAGCUGAGUUUACUCAAAAUUCAGACAAAUUGUUUUAUUAGGUAGAACAUUCUUAGGGUUGAAAUUUCAGUUGUAGAAAUAAUUUAUAUCAGCAGAGGAAUAAAUACUCUCACACAUGUGCACAAAAGUGUGGAGUCUUUUUAGAGAAAAAAAAAUCUGUACAUUAUCUCAAGCUUGAAAGUGGGUGAAGUAAAACAAGUAUUUCUAAAAAAUAGGUUCUUUGCAAGGUGACAUGGUGUUAUAGAUGCUGUAUGUGAGGUGACCUUCAGCAUCUUUUGUAGCAGCUGAGAUCAGGGGGCUUGGAAACAAAGAAUUGCAUAAAAUUCCUGCUUUUCCUUCCUGUCCACAGCCUCAUGAACCUCUCUGCAUUUGCACAGCAUUGCUUGUGUGAGUGUGUGUCCUGCCUGUUCCACUUACUGCAAAGGCUCCAUGCCUGUGCUAAGAGCUGAAAGCCUCAGCAGUCUUAUCCAGUCAUGUCAAUUAUGAAUUAAUAGAGUUUCUCACAGCACCAGCCAGAGAAGACCUGGGGACAGAACUGAGGGAGCAGCAGAGGAGCUGAAUUAAAUCAGCAGCAUAGCAAGGGGGUGACCCUCAGCAUCCUGCUAGGCAGAAAGGCAGGUGUCCCUGUUUGCAUACUGUUUGUGACAGAGUUUACCAACCUUUGCUAGUGGGUAAAUGUUUAACUAGCAAGCAGCUUCCCUCUCUCCCCCAAGAUGAAGGAAAGCAGACAGAUAAAAUUGAAUGUAUACCUUUGUAUUCUUUUUUUUUAAAUUAUGUUUUUACAGACAUGAUGAAAAUUUGACCAAAAAUACAUGAGGUUACAACCUGGUGGUAACACCCAUCUCACUGAGGAAGCAGAGACACCUGAGGGAUGAGUGAGAGCUCUGCAGCCCCAGACUCAUUUCCAGAUCCUGUGCCUGGCCCUGGUCCCAGUGAACUCCUGCACACAGGACAGCGUGCCAGGCCCAGGUGCACAGACCCUCUGGCCCUGCUAGUGCCUACACCAGGCAGUUCUGGGCAGGAAACAACCCUUCUCACUCAAAUUGCCUGUAAAAAGCUGUUUGAUCCCACUGUAUUUUUCCUGGUAAUGGCUCUCAUGAAAAAAAUAGUGUUAAACACUUCCUCUUUUUUAAAAAAAAUUCUUUAUAAAAAUAAUCAAAAGUAACUAACCUUUCAAGGCUUCAGUAAGGGUAGAAAGUACUGUAUGCACAUAUUGCUUACAUUACAUAAUUACUAGUAAGCUAAUGACUAAUGAGCUAUUUAGCUAACAUAAUUGUGAAGUACUGCUUUAUUUCAUUUUAAUUCACAGUGUUUUCCCAAACCAUUGAGCAUAACUUUUGCUGAACACCGUGGAUAAGCUUUUAUAGCUUUUCUAGAUCAAAAGGUAAUAUAUUUACAAAAAUCUGAAACAUAACAUGGUGCAAGUCCAAAUGUCACAGAACUGUAAUUUAGCUUACUAGCCUCUUUUCUAGCCAUAGCCAGCAGCUGGUGUUUAGUCACAGAGUGGAAAAAAUAGGGGUAAAACUUUGUGAGUAUCCUUCUAAUAGACUUUUAGACUGGAGAGCUGCAGUUUGCAUCAGCAUUUAUUCAGUAGCUUUUUGUGGACAUUUCUAACAUGCAGUACUCCCCAAAAAAAUGAGGAUCAAAAAUAAGAUUGGAAGAAGGUCACAAAGAUUGCCACUACUAAACAAAGCUGCUUCCAAACAAACAUGAAGCAGAUUUUUUACAAACAUUUUUACAGAUUCUAACUUGGUUAUUUUUAAGCUUAGGUGUUCUAAGAUGGUUGUUAUAGAGAUCUUCAUUAACAGAUAUUUUCAAAAAAUUAUUUAUUUUCAUUAUGAUUCCAAGUGAAAAGUUUUCAAUGCUUGAUAAAUCUCUUCAAAAUACAAAUCCACUCUUGUAACUAUAUUUUUUUUUUAAAAAUCCAAAAGCAACUAUUUUCUGAAUUGUUCUUAAGCUGAUCUCAAAUAAAGCUCUUUUUAUAACCAUCUGGGUCUUCUUUGGUUUAUAUCAUGAAGUUUGGGUUUGUGGUAUUGAAAGUGGGAAUAUUAUAAUUAUCUUCCAAAGACCUUUAGUCCUUUUUGGAAGUGGGCUUUUAAUGAUCUUCACUAUCAAGGAGUUCCACAGCUUAGUCUAGCUGUGAUAAGCAUUCUCAUUUAUCUAUUAAUGUUAAACACUUCUAAAUUUUAUUUAUAUUUCCCUUUGAAUUUACAUGAUGAAAAAAAAGGUAGGGAUUAUGCACCAUAGCUAAUCAAAUAACUGUGAAGGACAUGAAAUAGAUUUUUUCCACCUUCUUUCUGAGAAGUGUUCAAUUAUCAGCUAUAAAAUCUUGUAUCUCAGAUCAGGAGUAAAACUUCAGAACAAAAACAUUUGUGUAAAGUGGAACAUCUCCUCCUUGUCGUGUUGUGUGGAGCAGUUCCAGCUGAGUGAAGUCUCUUUUUUAAGGGGAAACAGGGAGCAGCAGUUGUCACAGUGCUAGUCUUCAGCCUGGGAUGUGCUGCCCCUAUAGAAAAAUCAUCUAAGGAGCUAAUUACCCAAACCACUCUCAUAAGAUUGUGGUCUUAGGAACUCCCUCAGAGCCACAGCUUCAGACACAAUCUCAUCCUUGUCAUGUAGAGGCUGAGUUCAUGAUUUCCAGUACUUUUGAUUCGGUCUUCUCACAUAAUACAUAGCUGUGCUCCUUCCUCUCAUGCCAGCUUCCACCAUUGCUUUCUUUCCCCUUCUCCCCACAUCAUAGGCAAGCAUUCCCCCUUGUUUUUUCUCUCUCUAGUUCCUUUGUCUCAUCUCUGUCGCUCCUUUCCAGAUCACACUCAACAGCUUCACCAGAAGAUCCCAGUCUCCUGCAUGCCAGAGCCAUACCUUGUAUAGCCAGUGGUACUUGGGUCUGUACAGUCUGUGUAUGGCUGGCCUCCAGCCCCAUGCCACCUCCCUGCUACCCUAUGACCAGGGGGAUUGGUUACCUGCUGUUCCCUACCACACCUUUGCGUAAUCUCACAUUUACUAGCGUUAAAACUGUCUGCAGAGGCUUCCCUGCCAGCUUCCCUGCUGACUAGGGAUAUUUCAUGUGCAGUCCUUAUCUCAGGUGAUCAGUAUACAGAUCAGGAGGGGGUACCAGUGCCUGGAAACCAGACAAAGUAGCUGAUAACUUGUCCCCUCUAGGAAAGUGUCACCACAUUAUCUGUUACCAGAGGUAUAGUCAGCAGUUUUACUCUCAAUCACACUUCCCUGAAGGCAGAGGGGAAAAAGUCAAAUUUAAUAUACUGACAGUUUUCCUUUAUAUGUCUUCCUAGCAAAGCAAAGCCUUCAACAAUAAGCACCUGCUGCUGGAUAAUGGAAAUGUAUUGUAGUUAGCCUUUUUAGCACCAUUGAUUUAUUUCAGAGAGGUAUGUUACACAAUAACCAUGAAAGCAGUGACCUUUAUUGGAGACCCAUAUAUGCUCAGUCCCAGGCAAACAGAGAGUCAAAUAAAAGUGGUUUGACAAACAGGCCAGAUUAAGUUCUGAAAUAAUUGGCAGGUAAUUUUCCCCCUGUUCAACUAGGCUGGAAGGGAAGGAAGUGUACCAGCAAAUGAUUGUUUGGGCACUGAAGGAUACUCAUUACUGUCAUUUGUUUUUUAUCAUUAAGUAGCUUUUUAUGAUGUCUGGGAAAGCUUGUUUUAUUUUCUCUGUGUAGGGACUAAACUCACUGGCUUAAACUGAGUAGCAGAAAGAAAACUUCUGUAUUAUGCCUUUCUCACUGGCUUAUAAAAUCAGGAAGAGCCAGAAAGACAGCAGCAAGUCCUUUUUAGUUCAAAGUCCAACACAGGAAAACAGGAUGAGUCAGAUGCCCUCACAGCUCCACAUAAUUUCCCAAAAGACUGGCACUGAAAACUGAAGGUGACUCUGCCUGAAAGAGCACCUUUUUGUUUAGCUCACCCUCUCCUAAAGCUGAGGUAUGAGAUAAAUUCCUGAUGGGUUCUGAGUACAAGCAAAAUGGCCCUGAGCUGGUGUUAUUUCCCAGGUGCUCUGCUUGCUUCUCCUGCAUCCUGUAAGCAAAUACUGCUGGAUCUGCACAUGCCUUGGCACUGUCCUGAUGAGAAGAAGGGAUAAGCUGGGAAAUCAAAGAUGCUAACAAGGUACACGAAAAUGAAGACUGCCACCAACAUCUAUAUUUUCAAUCUUGCAUUGGCAGAUGCCCUAGCAACAAGUACUCUGCCAUUCCAGAGUGUGAAUUACCUGAUGGGAACUUGGCCAUUCGGUACCAUCCUUUGUAAGAUUGUUAUAUCCAUAGACUACUACAACAUGUUCACCAGUAUCUUCACACUCUGCACCAUGAGUGUGGAUCGCUACGUGGCUGUUUGCCACCCCGUUAAGGCCCUUGAUUUCCGUACCCCCCGAAAUGCCAAAAUUGUCAAUGUCUGCAACUGGAUUCUUUCCUCUGCCAUUGGCCUGCCAGUUAUGUUCAUGGCAACUACUAAAUACAGGCAUGGCUCAAUUGACUGCACACUUACAUUCUCCCACCCUGCUUGGUACUGGGAGAACCUCCUGAAAAUCUGUGUAUUUAUCUUUGCCUUCAUCAUGCCGGUCCUGAUCAUUACGGUGUGUUACGGGCUGAUGAUUUUACGCCUGAAGAGCGUUCGCAUGUUAUCCGGCUCCAAAGAGAAGGACAGGAACCUGCGGAGGAUCACAAGGAUGGUUCUUGUAGUGGUGGCAGUGUUUAUUGUCUGCUGGACUCCCAUCCACAUUUAUGUUAUCAUUAAAGCCCUGGUCAACAUCCCAGAAACUACUUUCCAGACUGUCUCCUGGCACUUCUGUAUUGCUCUAGGGUAUACAAAUAGCUGCCUUAAUCCAGUCCUUUAUGCAUUUCUAGAUGAGAAUUUCAAAAGGUGUUUCAGAGAGUUCUGCAUCCCCACUUCCUCAACCAUUGAGCAGCAAAACUCCACCCGAGUCCGACAAAACACUCGUGACCAUGCUUCCACUGCCAACACUGUGGAUAGGACUAACCACCAGUUGGAACUUCAAGAAGCUGAAACUACUCCACUGCCGUGACAGGGUCUCCUGCUGCAUGGCUCUCAGAGCAGUUGCCACUGCCACAGUGAGCUAGUGGGAACAUGUAGGAUAUGCUUUCCCUCAAAAAAAUACCACAGAGGAAAGUGCCUGCUUUUCCAGUCUGUCAAAAAUUGCUUCUGCAGCACAUCUGCAUUGCACUUAACAGAAGCAUGAAAUGUAACAGCGAGCAGAGCCAGGAGACACAGGGGCCUUCCAGGCUCCAAUGUUCAAAGCAGUCCUGUUUACCAGGAGCACAUACAGUAGUUGAAAACAGAGCUACUGUGCCUGUAGCAGCCUGACAUGCUCUUGGUAAGUUACAGUGGUGUUAAAGGAGGUUGGAAACAAAACUUCAAAGGCUAGACAACUGUAGUUUGAAAAAUAAGGUGAGCUUUUGAGGAUGGAAAAUAAUGGGAUAUGAAGUUGUUAUACUGUUGGAUACACUCUAUUUACUCUUAAAGUUUAUUUGUAAAGGUGUUUUCUGUGCAGGUUAGUUAUGUGCUGAAGUCUCACAAGGUCACAUAGAACAACACAUUUGUAGUUCAAGAGAUCUUCUCCUGCAAGGGUUGCAUGUUCUGUAGUUUCAAAUGAAAUUUUUUUCCAGUGAUCCCUUAACAAAAAGAAAACAACAACAACAACAACAACAAAACCACCCUCCAAGCUUCAUCUUCUGCUUCUAUUUCACAUAAAUGUAAAAAGUACCUUAAAAUCAAAACAAUGAGCUAUCACUUUUUCUAAAAGAGAUGAGUAAAUGAAAGUAUUCUACAUUGUUAUUGAUUGUCAAAUUAUCCCCAAAAUAGCAUAGAUUAACAUAAAUUUCUUUGUAAAUAAAAAUGUAGCUAUAAGCCUGUCACAGCUUGCGCAGGCUGAUGAUGUCUUCUCUUUCAAGUAGUUUCUCAAAUUUCAGCUGCUCUGUCAGCAGCAUUUUGAAUUUGUAAGUAAACAACAGCCCCCAUGUGAAGUAAUUGGAGCAGUUAAUGCAUUAGACCUUUUUUUGAAAAAGAAAUUUUAAACAACAAUUUGCUAGACAUCCACUUUUUAUUAACCAAACCCACAGUAUGUUUGCUUUUCUGAUUAACAAAAUACAGUCUGCAUCUGCAUUUUGUAUUAGCUGCUAAAACACAUUAAGAUUUCAGGAAGAAACAAUGUGCUGCAGCAAAUGCCUUCUUAGCUGUUUUCUAGUAUGAAGAUUAGAAAUACCCAUGUAGAUAAUUUGUGGUGCAAUGGCACGUUCUAGACAUUGUUUGUUACUUGCUCUGUAAAUAAAUCAUCAGUAGUUAACUGGGGGGAAAAUGUACUUUUUGUCUUUUUCUUUCUGCAGCCAAAAUGUAUUUCUUAUUUUCAUUGUUAAAGUCUGUGUAACAAUAAGGUUAUAAUGUGAAAUUGUUUGUUUCUGCCGUAGACUGCAUAAUAAAGAUUGAAGACCAAAUCCUUGCAAGUUGUAAAUUAAAGGAUUAUUGGAGUUUCAUCACGGUGUUGCAGCUAAAUAUGUAGCCUAUAUAUCAGCAGAAUAUGACGCUAGAUAUAACAGAAGUGCCUUAAUUAUUUUAUCUUUCUGUUGAAAAUUUGACUGUAUGGUCAUAUGAAUUUAUGUUUAAUUUUGAGUUAGUUUAGCUGUAUCACCUCAUAGCCAUCAUUAAAGUUUAAUCCAGAGUCAUCACUAUUCUAAGAGGUUUUGGAUCUAAUUUUUAAACAGCAUAAGAUAGGCACUCGGAAGAAGUUGAUACCUUGUUUUGCACCUCACAGCAGUAUUAUUUAAAUAACAAAACCAACAUAGAAUACACUAGAUUUAAAUGGACUAACAUCCUAUGUCAUCAUUACUACCUGAUGGAUUCAGAGUAGUCUGACAUGCUCACAUACAUCAAAAAAUUUUAAAAUAUUGAAUGAAUAUUUGGAAAAUCUUAACCAAUAGACCAAAAACAUGUUUAAGUGAACCUAAGAUUUUAGUUUUGCGAGUAGUCAAAAGUCCAGCUUUCACAAAAUUUAUGUAAUUUAUUGAAGCCUUUUUUUUUUUCUUUACUUUGCAUGAAGCACAUAGGCAAUAUACUGUGACUUGCCAGCAGACAGCCAAAUAUUUUUAGGGACAUUUUCUGUUUCUGCAAUCCAACAAUUGAGAAACCUGACUGUAAAUACGUUAAGCAGUAAUAAUGUUGUAGCCUUGAUAGCUUAAGGAUAUGAGUAAGUAAAUUUUAUUAGCAGAGCACUAACAAAAAGUAAGAAAAAUGUCUUUUUUUGCCAUAAGGCUUGAAUGUUAAUUGGUAGUGCUUUGCAGUAAGUAGCAUAUUAUUACACAACUUCUGUUAUCUGUAUUGUAAACCUUUAAUAAAAAUGCCUGUGUUUCUUGUGGAUUUGCACUCAA